AUGAUGUCCUCGUUGCUUACCAACCUCGGCCUCACAGCCAGCAACUCGCUUGCACCCCUUCCCAACUACGGCCCUCACUUCCUGCUCGGCAACUUCAUCCUCAGCUAUGUCCUCACCUCAACCCGCAUGCAAAAGCUGGGCUAUGGUGUCGACAACAACAUAAACCCUCGCAACGACCUCGUCUCCCCUCGCGCCGAACAACUCGUGUCCAAGGGCAAGAUCACACAAGAGCAGUUGGAGCAAAUGCAACGUAUCCAGGCUGCUCACUCGAAUUCGAUGGAACACUACACCGUCUUCGCAGCCGCCGUCUUGUGUUCAAUGGUCGCCAAGUUGGACAGUGGCAUGCUCAACAGAUACGCUACCGUGUACACCAUCGUCAGAGCUGCAUACUUCUGGGUCUACAGACAGAACACCUCUAGGCAAGCUGCUGGUGUCAGAAGCGUGCUCUGGUGGGCUGGAAACAUUGUUUGCAUUCGCCUGUUCUGGUUUGCUGGAAAGGCCUUGAAUGCACAUGUUCUGUAG